AUGGAGUCCAAUCGUCCAGGAGAUGCAGCAGCUGCAACAGCAGCGCAGGCAGCAGCAGCAGCAGCAGCAACGGGAGCAGCAGCAGCAGCCCCAGCAGCAGCAGCAGCAGCAGCAGGAGAUGAGCAGCAGAAGAGAAGGAAAACAAGAUGGUGCAGGGACGUCCCUGGAGAGCCAGCAGCAGGAGCUGCUGCACGACCAGAAGGAGCUGCUGCUGCUGCAGCAGUUCCACCAUCAACAGCAGCAGCAGCAGGAGCAGCAGCACCAGCAGCAGCACCAGCAGCAGCAGCAGCAGCAGCAAAGCCUGGGGGUAUUAAGCUUCCUUUUAGUGUACAAGCAGCAGCAGCAGCAGCACGAGAAGCUCUCGAUAAAGCGAAGAAGGCAGCUCAGCUGCAGCGGCAGAUACAGGACCAGUUGCGGCAGCAGCAGGCUGCUGCUGCUGCUGCUGCUGCAGCAGCAGUUACUGCAGCAACCGUUCCCUCUCUUGCUGCUGCAGUAGCAGCAGCAGCACCCAGCACGGCCAGUCCUGCUGCAGCAGCAGCAGCUGCUGCUGCUGCUGCUGCACUAGCAGCACAACAAGUGAAAGCAACAACAGGGAACAUGGCAGCAGGAAUAGGUUCAACGAAUCCUUUGCUUUCGCAGCAUCUAUUGCUGCUGCAGCACGAAGCAGAGCAGCAGCAGCAGCAGCAGCAACGACGACAGCAGCAAGAAGAAAAAGAAAAAGAAAUAAUAAAAAAAAAACCAAUCAUGUUUGAUACUUUAGGUAGAGAGAUAGACGCAAGCGGAAAUCUUAUUAAACCCAUCGUACACUCCAGCCUCAAAAUUAAUAGAAGACAGCAGCAGCAGCAACAAGCAGCAGAGACAACGUUUGAGGAUAUAACGACGUGCCCUUGGAGACAAUGCGAAACUACCAGCGGCAGCAGCAGCAGCGAGAAGCAGCAGCAGCAGCAGCAGCAGCAGCAGCAGACACAGAUACAAAAAAAGAAAUCAACCCAGAAGAACAACUUGAUGCUGCUGUACCAGAAUUCGCCAGACUAUGGGUAA